CCCGGGAUUCACACAAGCAAACCUCUGUUCUCUACAGGCUCCUCCUUCACCUGCACACUCACUGAAGCAGGAUGCGUCUGCUGGGGGCUCUGGGGGUCCUGGUGGCUCUGCUGCAUGUGUCCUCCUCUCUGCUGCUGGGAGCCUUCAACAUCAAGUCGUUUGGGGACAAGAAAUCCUCCAACACCACUCUGAUGAACAUCAUCAGCACGAUUGUCCAACGCUAUGACAUCAUUCUGAUCCAGGAGGUCAGAGACAGCGACCUGUCAGCAACCAAGAGACUCAUGGAACACGUCAACAAAGGUUCUCCCAUGUUCAGGUACAGCCACAUCGUCAGUGAGCCUCUGGGUCGCAGCUCCUACAAAGAGAGAUACCUCUUCCUGUACAGGGAGCAGACUGUGUCUGUGGUUAAAAACUACACCUACGAUGACGGCUGUGAGUCCUGUGGAACCGACAUCUUCAACAGAGAACCCUUCGUCGUCAUGUUCUCCUCCAAACAGACUGCUGUGAAGAACUUUGUUCUGAUCCCUCAGCACACCUCUCCAGACUCCGCUGUGAAGGAAGUCAACGCUCUCUAUGACGUGGUGACUGAUGUCCGCUCCCGCUGGAACACCAACGACAUUAUGCUGCUCGGCGACUUCAACACAGGCUGUAGCUACGUGUCGGGCUCCGACUGGCAGCAGAUCCGCCUCUUCACGGACAAAAGUUUCCACUGGUUGAUCACCGAUGAGGCCGACACCACAGUGUCACACACUAACUGUCCUUAUGACAGGAUUGUGGUGACCUCUGACAUGAAGAAGGGCGUGGCGCCUGAAAGUGCUCAGGUCUACAACUACAUGGUGGACUUGCACCUCAGUCACAGUCUGGCGUUGGCUGUCAGUGACCAUUUCCCUGUGGAGGUGAAGCUGCUUGGCUAACAACCGCUCCACAGGCCUCCAGACUGAAUCUGAAUUGUAAUUACUCAAUGCAUCAGUGCAGCAUAAAAUUUUCAA